UAUACGUUUUUUGUAUUGAUCUAAAAUGUAAAACUCGUGCUAUUUUUUGUAUCUUUACCUAUAUAGUGUACCUGAAUGAGUGAACAAAAUAUGUAUGUUACAACUGUACCUGGUUUCCCCUAUAACUUCAGGCUAAAGAGACUGACUUAAUGCCUAACAGAUCCUGAUCAGAUUUAAUUUCAUAAUCCAUAUCUUGCCACAGUGAAGAUGAGGCGUUUGUAAAGAUCGGAGUGAAAAGUCAAUGGAUAGGCAAAUGCAAUCAGUUACCUGACAUUUUUGAACAUUUCUAUGCAAAUACAUUGUACAGUGAGUCAAACUUGUUUACUUAUUCUUUCAAAUUCAGAGGGUUAAUAGAAAUACAGAAACACAUGUCACAUACACAGAAAAAACAUCUAUCUUGUCAACUGCUCUGAUAAUUUUAGACUAUUAUUUGAAGUAGUGCAGGGAGUUAAAGAAAUAAGCAACAGCACGUUGGCGUUGAUGAUCCUUCACAGUCUGCUUCAAACAAAUAGCUUACUCAGACUAAUAGUGAGUCACGUAGUGUAGUGAGUCACCUUCCACUCUACAACUGAGGGCAAAUAUCACUGUGGUAACUCAAAGCGUAUAGCUGCUGCCCAGCUAGAAAAAUGGCAAUCUAACAUUCUGCUCAGCUCCGCCACCCCCACAAACCAUGGGCUCUACCGACGAGCUACAAAAUCAUCCGUGGCAUUUGAUUCCUAGUACCUGUUACGCCAACAGUAAGUCUAAGCCCAAACUGUAACCAUGUUAUCGGAUUGAAGUAAAAUACACACGACGUACGCAUGUAAUGUACCGCUUUAGUCUAAAGUGCUAAAUGUCAUAUUUAGCAGUCCGGCAUUGACAUAAUCAUCGAGGUUAUGGUUCGGGAACCAGCUGAGCAUCGUGUGCUACAAUAUCAGCAAACUUUGAUGUAUGGGAGAUAUACCCAGGAGCUGGGGGCCUAUGCUAAAGAGGAGGCGGCUCGCCUGCGGGAGGAUGCCGGCCUGCGCCGCUCCGCCAGUGUGCGCGGCCAGACCCCGGAACCACUCGAGUACGAGAAGGACCCCUGCACCAAAUGCCAGGACGGCGCCACACGUUGUCGGAAGUUCCUGAUCUCGCGGGUGGGAGAGGACUGGAUCUUCCUCAUCCUGCUCGGCCUGCUGAUGGCGCUGGUGAGCUGGGUCAUGGACUACACCAUCGCCUUCUGCCAACAGGCCCAGAAGUGGAUGUACGCGGGACUGGAUAGCAACAUGCUGCUGCAGUACCUGGCGUGGGUGACGUACCCCGUGGUCCUCAUCACUUUCUCAGCAGGCUUCACGCAGAUCCUGGCCCCGCAGGCAGUGGGUUCAGGGAUCCCAGAGAUGAAGACCAUCCUGAGAGGUGUGGUGCUGAAAGAAUAUUUAACCUUUAAAACCUUUGUGGCCAAAGUCAUCGGUCUCACCUGUGCCCUGGGCAGUGGCAUGCCACUGGGGAAGGAGGGACCAUUUGUUCAUGUUGCCAGCUUGUGUGCAGCUCUCCUGAGCAAGUUUAUGGCCUUAUUUGGAGGCAUCUAUAUGCUGAAGGAAGAGCCCUUUGUGGGAACCAAGAACGAGCUGAGGAACACUGAGAUGCUCUCUGCAGCCUGUGCAGUCGGGGUGGGCUGCUGUUUCGCUGCCCCUAUUGGAGGUGUGCUCUUCAGCAUCGAAGUGACGUCCACCUUUUUUGCCGUGAGGAACUACUGGAGAGGCUUCUUUGCCGCCACCUUCAGUGCCUUCAUCUUCAGAGUGCUGGCCGUGUGGAACCAGGAUGAGGAGACAAUCACUGCUCUCUUUAAAACGCGUUUCCGCCUCGACUUCCCCUUUGACCUGCAGGAGCUUCCAGCAUUUGCUGUCCUUGGAAUUGCCAGUGGCUUUGGGGGUGCUCUGUUUGUGUACCUGAACAGAAUAAUUGUUGAAUCCAUGAGAAAACAGAAAACUAUCAACAAGUUUUUACUGAAGAAGCGGCUGGUCUACCCGGCUCUUGUCACCCUGCUGGUGUCCAGCCUCACCUUCCCUCCAGGGUUUGGACAGUUCAUGGCUGGCCAGUUGACUCAGCACGAAUCUCUGGUGGCGCUCUUUGACAACCGCACCUGGUACAAGCAGGGAGUAGCGGAGGAGUUUGACUUCCAGGCUUGGAAACACCCACAGCUCAACGUCUUCGUCACACUCCUCCUCUUUGUCCUCAUGAAGUUUUGGAUGUCAGCUUUGGCCACCACCAUGCCAGUCCCCUGUGGAGCUUUCAUGCCAGUGUUCCUCAUAGGAGCUGCAUUCGGACGUCUCGUCGGAGAGAGCAUGGCAGCCGUCUUCCCUGAUGGCAUAAAUGCCGACGGCACAGUGUAUCCUAUAGUACCUGGCGGCUAUGCAGUUGUAGGUGCGGCGGCUCUUUCAGGGGCGGUCACACACACUGUGUCGACGGCGGUGAUCGUGUUCGAGCUGACGGGUCAGAUUUCACACAUCCUGCCGGUGAUGAUUGCCGUGAUCUUGGCCAACGCCGUCGCCCAGAGCCUGCAGCCCUCCCUGUAUGACUCCAUCAUCCGCAUCCAGAAGCUGCCCUAUCUCCCCGAGCUGGGCUGGGGGCAGGAGAAGUAUAAUAUCCGAGUAGAGGACAUCAUGGUGCGGGACGUGCCUCACAUCACUCUUACCUCCACCUAUCGCAACGUGCAGGAUGCCAUGAACACAGCUCAGCUCAAAACAGUGUCCCUGGUGGAGUCCAAUGAGUCCAUGAUCCUGCUGGGCUCUAUUGAGCGCUCCCAGCUCCAGUCUCUGCUCUCCCUGCAGCUGAGUCGUGCUCAGCGGCUGGAGUUCUUGCGGGAGCGGGCCCAGGGCAACGGUGCCCACCACCCCACGCUGAUAGGCCAGGACGGCUCGCCCACGGGGAGCCACGGGGUCCGAUUCCUGAUCUCCACUGAGGAAUCGUUCUACAGUCCAACCGUCUCCAACUCUCAGAUUCCUCUCAAGUCUGCGCUGAAGACCGUGUCCGCCGUCAGCCACACAGAGACACCCAACGACUCCCAGACCCUGUCCUGCGAGGACCCAGAGAAGAAGCGUGUGAAGAAGAGCAAAGUUCGGGCUUUGGCUCGUAAGAGCAGGAGGCCCAGGCGAGGCAGGACCCCCAUGGCGGCACUGGACGUAGAGGACGACAUGACUACAGCUGAGAUUACUGAGUGGGAGGAGAGACAGCUGGAUGAACCUGUAGAUUUCAAGAACUGCAAGAUAGACCCUGCCCCGUUUCAGCUGGUGGAGCGCACCUCUCUGCAUAAGACCCACACCAUCUUCUCCCUGCUGGGUCUGGACCACGCCUUCGUCACCAGUACGGGCCGGCUAGUUGGAGUCGUGUCUUUGAAAGAGCUGAGGAAGGCCAUUGAGGGCUCGGUGACCGUAACAGGUGUGAAAGUGCGCCCUCCGUUGGCCAGCUUCCGUGACAGUGGCACGAGUACCAGCGUGGCGGAGGUGACGGAAAUGCACAGGCUGUGGAACCGGCACCGGAGCCUGUCAUUGCCACGGGAACCAAGCCCACCCGAACUGGAGGACCAAUCAGAUUUGGCCUUCGAUGGCAGCCCAUUGUUCAGCAGGGACUGCACAGAGCUGUCCACUCAGAACACCACCCUGCAGUCAGACGACCAAUCAGAGGUGGUAUGCGAACCAGCAAGCCCCUCCCACUCCCCAGAAAAACUUCCAGAGUUGCCAUGUGACUAUGAUUCCGCCCAACUGGAUGUGAACCAAUCAGGGCCUGUAGAGGAGCUUUGCCCCUCCCCGUCUGAAGAGCAGCCAGAAGAAGCGUGUGAAGCAGAUGCGGCCGACACAAAGGAUCUUGUCGAAUGAGACUGGUCUUCUCUUUCUCUCUCUGUCUUUCUUGCUCUCUCUCUCUACUCUCUCUUUCUCUCUCUCCAUCCGUCCAUGUACACACAACCAUUAGAAGACAGGGUAGUCUGGACCUAACAGGGACUCUUGAUGGUGUUUAUCAUUGAUGAGACCUUUAGCACUUCCAAAACCCAUAGACUUCUCCGCUUCCUCUCCGCACCAUUUGUGUUCGUGAGAGACAGAGAGAGAAACCAUGUGUGUCGGGGAUGGAGUGAGCUUCAAUGUGGUUCUGUGUAUAUCAUCUGAAUGUGUUAGUGGGGAUGUAGAGGGUUGAACAGGUCACAGCAUAGGUCUUCUGGUCCUGGAGUUGUGGUACUGCAUAAAGGGGAAGGGGGUUAUAUAUGUAGAUCUAAGUGUGAAGGUGUAAUGGAAGCGCAUGCAUCAGUAAGGGGGCAUGUGUGAGGGUGCAUGUGAAGACUGUGAUUGUGUGUGUGACUCAGCUACAGCCAGCCCACGUACCCAUCUGGUGCUGACACUUUUAAUCGAAAUAAGAUUGUCUCUGAGAGCGAAACUACAAUUUCUCUCCAAAUUUAGCUCCUAAUAACCCAAACUGAAGGG